AUGUCAUCCAGUUCACUAUCAUCCAAACAUGAUUUAUCCUAUACUGAUAAUGAUUAUGAUUACUUUUUAACUGAUGCAUUGGUAAAUGAUAUUGAACAAUUUGCAAAUCAUGCAGAACGGUUACGUCAAUCGCUUGAUCCUUCAACAAAUGCUAAUGAUGGUAAAUCAAUGUGUGUAUCGGUACAUUCGGCACUUUCAAUGGUAUCACAAGCAGUACGUGAUUUAUUGGUCCGUUAUCCAGCCUUCAAAACAACUCAUGUUUUACUACCUGCUAGUCAACUCAUUCACAGUGUUAAAGAAUUAAAUUUCGAUAAUUCAAAUGUUGAUGCAUCUCGGACUCUUACAUGUUUGGAGAAGCUUGAAGCAGCUGUUGGUAAUACUCUCAAACAGUCCUUGCGACCAUCACGAACGACAUCAAAAUAUAUGACUACUACAUUAGGUCACAAAAAUAAACAUGUUUGUUGA